GUUGUAGAAUUUAAAUGAAAGCUUUAUUCAAGAUGCGUAGAAAAGUCCUUAACCACAAGCCAUCGAGGCAACUCCACCCUUUUCCUCCAGUGUCCGCAGAGUUUCAUCUCGGCACAGUUGCUAGCUAGACGGAAUGUACGGAAGCAGACAAACAGGAUUACAGAGUCACACUCCAACAAACCUCAACUCAUAGAGAACCGUAAUGGCACAGGCACGGAUGACAGCCUUGCUUGUCUGGCACUGAGAUGUCAAAACCACAGAGGGGGCUAUUCCUCCAACUGUCACUGCAUGGAGAGUAGAACACAUCACAAGUACGCCUACAAGCAGACAGAUUUUUAGAGGUGAAAGACUGGUGUGUUUCAACUGUGGCAGUUCCAAGAUGUACCAAUCUGGAGGUGAUCCCACUGGGUAUCACGGAGAGAACUAAAAUUGAGAGCUGUAAAAGGAUCCACGGUAGACUUGUGACACAUUGAAAGGAGGAGACUGACAUAUGGAGAUAGCAGCAGUGGUGCUUCACAGACACUAGUUUUUGUGUGAUUCACAGAAAGAUUAAGUUGUUUUGUUUCUUUUGAAGCCUCUGUCUUCAAAGUCCAGACUCCAGACUGAGCAAGGUGGCAGGGGCAGGUUUAUGGCAGUGGGGCGGGCGCAUGCCGUCUGUGCCUCAGCAGCGAGAGGGACGCUUGGGGUUUGGCUUGGGUUGGGUCUGGGCUGCAGGGUCUCAGAGGACAGGCGAGCCGAGGCCCUGGGUACCAGCUGGAGCUGGAGCUAUGGCUGUUGCUGCUGCAGGUGAACGAGGAGCUCGACGAUGCUCCAUGCGGGUCUGUGUGCUCUUGGGAUCCCUGGCCCUCCUCUUUAUCACCUCACUCUUUUUCUCCUUCUCACUGAGAGGAGGAGCUGGCCUGCCUUACCUGGAAUCCAUGGGAUGGGAAGAGUCACACAGGGUUAAGCUUGUGCCCAGCUACACUGGUUCCCACCGGGUGAAUCCUGCCGAGAGCACCCAACAGAAGACAUGUGCCUGUGCGCGGUGUGUGGGCGACCCGGGUGUCUCCGACUGGUUCGAUGAGAGCUAUGACCCAGAUGUCUUGCCUGUGUGGACACGGGACAACAUUCAGCUGCCUUCAGAUGUAUAUUACUGGUGGGUGAUGUUGCAGCCUCAAUUCAAACCCCACAAUAUCCAGCAAGUUCUACAGAAGCUAUUCCAGGUAAUUCCAGGCCGUUCCCCAUAUGGUUCGUGGGACCCUGCUCGCUGUCUACGCUGUGCCGUGGUGGGAAACUCGGGCAACCUUCGUGGGGCAGGUUAUGGUCCAAUGAUUGAUGGCCAUGACUUCAUCAUGAGGAUAAAUCUGGCUCCUACUGUAGGCUAUGAAGAAGAUGCAGGCAGUCGAACCACACACCACUUCAUGUACCCAGAGAGUGCCAAGAACCUGGCGGCCAAUGUUAGCUUUGUGCUGGUGCCAUUCAAGACUCUUGACCUAUUGUGGAUCACCAGUGCCCUCUCCACCGGCCAGAUCCGCUUUACUUACGCUCCAGUGAAGCAGUUUCUGCGCGUGGACAAAGACAAGGUGCAGAUCUUCAAUCCAGCUUUCUUUAAAUACAUCCAUGACCGGUGGACACGCCAUCAUGGCCGCUACCCUUCCACUGGCAUGCUAGUCUUGUUCUUUGCUCUACAUGUAUGUGAUGAGGUGAAUGUAUUUGGUUUCGGAGCGGACAGCCGGGGAAACUGGCACCACUAUUGGGAGCAGAACCGCUAUUCUGGAGAGUUCCGUAAAACAGGUGUCCAUGAUGCAGACUACGAAGCCCAGAUCAUCGACAAGCUGUCCAAGGCUGGCAAGAUCUCAGUCUUUCCUGGAAAAUGAAUAUGGGUACCACUUGUGAAGAGACUGACCAAAUGAUGAACUAAAACAAACAAAACCACCCAUUAUCCACUUGACACAUUCUGAGUACCUGUUCAGAGUGAUCAAGAAGUGAUUUUUCAUGAUCUUAUUCCCAUUCUGGGCUAUCCCGAUUGGACAGAAAUCGGCAGCAUUCCCCAUGAUGGGGUGGUUUUGAGAGGAGAUACCACUAAUUUCCGCUGUUCUACCGCAGGCCUACCUCAACCAGGAAAAGUAACUUGACUAGCAAGGGAUGCCAAUAUCUCCUCACCACUAAAGAGCAUGUUAGGUAUAUGUGUUGGGAAUAGAAUUAACUUGCAUUUGACAUUUGUUGAUUAGUGAUGACACAGGAAGUAAAAUGCAUCAGCCUGUUUGUCGGUUAGCUACUGUAUGUGCUUAACGGCAUGGCCGGGUAGAUAAGUGAGACCAGCUGUAUCAUAGUACUCUUGUUGUCCUCUGUGGUUCAUUAACUAAAAGCUUGGACACAGUGGUGGGUUGUUUCACUUCCGUUAUAUUAUAAUGCUCUGCACUGCAGCAGUUAAUGCCUCACAUCACCAGGUGCAUGUGGCUGAGUGGAAGUUUACACGUUCCUACUGUUAAACCAAGCUUUUUGUCUUAUUGAAUAAUUUAUGCUUUGGUUGUUAGUGUUUAUGAGAUGAUCAUGCUAACAGUUUGCUAUGACUCUGCAUCACUAUGCGCUAGCAGCAAUCUGAACAUGGAUCACUUUUGCUAGUUAUGUUGAGCAGGGGUGUAGAUUCCAGGGGGGAUGGGGGGGGGAGUAACCCCCCACCCCCAACACUAGAAUGUUAACUGAACUGAAACCACUGACACAGUCUGAUAUGAACACAUAUGAACAAAAUAUUAUGAAAUAUACGUGGCAUAGAUUUAGAAACAUUCAGAAUGAUAAAUCAUGCUGUGGUGAUUGUUCUAGAGAUAGUAGAGCUUCAAUAAAACAAAAUGUAACUGUUAAUAUGCUGGAACAAAGGUUUUAGUGAUGGAAAAUGAAAUGAAUAUCAUAUGGCAAAAGCAUUGGA